GCUUGAUUGAAUGUUUUUUCAGUUUUGAUUAUUUUUUCUUUCUUCAUUUUUUUUUUCGAAUUAAAUUAUUAAAACGACAACUAAUCAAAAACAUUGGAAAAUGGAUGUAACUGAAAAUGAUAACGUACUUGAAAUUGGAGCUGCCAUGGAAAUCGAUAACGAAAUUCAUGAUGUCACUAAAGAUACAACAACAAAUGGUGAUUCGGUUUUAGCAUCCAGUUCAGUGAUUACAGCUACCAUUUCGGUUUCAUUACAUCCAUUGGUUAUUCUCAAUGUAUCUGAACAUUGGACAAGAAUUCGUGCACAAGAAUGUGCUGCUCAAAAUGGUUCGAAUUUCAAUAACAGUCAGCAGCAGCAGACAAAAGUUUUUGGUGCAUUGAUUGGUAAACAAAAAGGCCGUAAUAUCGAAAUAAUGAAUUCAUUUGAACUUAAAUUGGAUAUAAUCAAUAAUGCACCAUUAGUGGACAUGGAUUUUUAUCGUUCAAAAGAAGCACAAUUUAAACAAGUAUUUGCCGAAAUGGAAUUCCUUGGUUGGUAUACUAAUGGUGAUGCAGCCAAUAAAAACGAUAUGUUGAUCCAUAAACAAAUGGUUGAAAUCAAUGAAAGUUGUUUGUUUCUAAAACUAAAUCCAUUGGGUCGUCAUACAGGCUUGCCGAUUAAAAUUUAUGAAUCAAUCAUCGAUAUGGUGGCUGGUGCACCAACAAUGCUAUUCGUUGAUGUACCAUAUACAUUGGCCACUGAAGAAGCUGAACGUAUCGUUUUGGAUCAUAUGGCACGAAUGACAUCAACAUCACAUAAUGGUGAAAAUGUUAAUUCAGUUGUCACUGAACAUCUUCGUGUACAACAUAGUGCCGUUAAAAUGUUACGUGAUCGUAUUAAAUUGAUUUUGGAUUUCGUUAAAGAUGUAAAGAACAAAAAUAUUCCGGCCAAUCAUGAAAUUUUACGUGAAAUAUUGAAUCUUUGUCAUCGAUUACCAAUAAUUAGCUCGGAUACAUUCAAUGAAGAUUUCUACAUUCAAUGUAAUGAUGUUGCAUUGAUCACCUAUCUAGGAACAUUGACAAAAUGUUCAAAUUCAAUCAAUCAAUAUGCAAACAAAUUUAAUAUUUUAUUAGAUCGUCCUGGAACAGGACGACGUAUGCGUUUAUAUUAAUGAUGAUGAUGAUCAUUGAUGAUGAAAUUUUUUUAAAUUGUACAAAAAAAACACACACACACAC